AGCGCGCUGGAGUGUAGAUCAGAAAAAGAAAGGGGGACAGCUGGUAGUCAUAGUGGAUAGGAGUAAAUAGUAAAUAAAUAGACUCCUAAGGCAGUAAACAACGUGGGUUCUCAGGAUAUCGCUUUCGGAGACAUUCCGGUCACCGUUGGCGGUUUGGCCAGAGUCCUGGUGACAAUUUAAAGCUAUUCCUUCUUACAAAAGCGGCGUGCCGAGGGAGGACGCGUCUCUUUGAAUAGACAGGAUGCACGGACCGCCCUCCGGCGACAGCGCAUGCCCAUUGCGCCUCAUCAAGAGAGUGCAAUUCGGCAUCAUCAGCCCAGAUGAGCUUAAACGGAUGUCUGUCACAGAAGGGGGAAUCAAGUAUCCCGAGACCACAGAAGGAGGGCGUCCCAAACUCGGUGGGCUGAUGGACCCCAGACAAGGGGUCAUCGAACGAUCCGGAAGGUGUCAAACAUGUGCAGGUAACAUGACAGAAUGCCCAGGCCACUUCGGCCACAUAGAGCUGGCGAAGCCUGUGUUCCACGUGGGCUUUGUCAACAAGAUCAUGAAGGUCCUCCGGUGUGUCUGCUACUCCUGCUCCAAGCUGCUGGUUGACACGAAUAAUCCAAAGAUCAAAGACAUCCUGCAGAAGUCCAAGGGGCAGCCCAGGAAGCGUUUGACCCACGUGUAUGACUUGUGUAAAGGCAAGAACAUCUGCGAGGGCGGAGAGGAGAUGGAUAACAAGUUUGGAGUGGAGCACGACAGUGAGGACAUAACUAAGGAAAAGGGCCAUGGUGGCUGCGGGCGCUACCAGCCGCGUAUCCGCCGGUCGGGCCUGGAGCUGUACGCUGAGUGGAAGCAUGUGAACGAGGACUCGCAGGAGAAGAAGAUCCUGCUGAGCCCCGAGCGUGUCUACGAGAUCUUCAAACGCAUCUCGGACGAGGAGGACGUCAUCCUGGGCCUUGAUCCCAAGUUCUCCCGGCCCGAGUGGAUGAUUGUCACGGUACUCCCUGUGCCGCCGCUAGCUGUUCGGCCCGCCGUUGUCAUGCAAGGCUCCGCCCGUAACCAGGACGACUUGACACACAAGCUGGCCGACAUAGUCAAGAUCAACAACCAGCUGCGGCGGAACGAGCAGAGCGGCGCGGCGGCCCACGUCAUUGCUGAGGACGUGAAGCUGCUGCAGUUCCACGUGGCCACCAUGGUGGACAACGAGCUGCCAGGCCUGCCCAGGGCAAUGCAAAAAUCGGGCCGCCCGCUCAAAUCCUUAAAACAGCGUCUGAAGGGGAAGGAGGGACGAGUCCGAGGUAACCUGAUGGGGAAACGUGUGGACUUCUCCGCCCGAACCGUCAUCACCCCCGACCCCAACCUGCAGAUCGACCAAGUGGGGGUCCCGCGCUCAAUCGCCGCCAACAUGACUUUCCCAGAAAUCGUCACACCCUUUAACAUUGACAGGUUACAGGAGCUGGUGCGCAGAGGCAACAGCCAGUAUCCAGGAGCCAAAUAUAUCAUCCGAGACAACGGGGACAGAAUCGACCUGCGGUUCCACCCCAAACCAAGUGACCUUCACCUCCAGAUCGGCUACAAGGUGGAAAGACAUAUGUGCGACGGUGACAUCAUCAUCUUCAACAGACAGCCCACUUUACAUAAAAUGUCUAUGAUGGGGCACAGAGUCCGAAUCCUUCCCUGGUCCACCUUCCGAAUGAACCUCAGUGUAACCACUCCGUACAAUGCUGACUUUGAUGGGGAUGAGAUGAACCUGCAUCUCCCUCAGUCCCUGGAAACGAGAGCUGAGAUCCAGGAGCUUGCCAUGGUGCCUCGUAUGAUCGUCACCCCCCAGUCCAACAGGCCCGUCAUGGGCAUCGUGCAGGACACACUCACCGCCGUGCGCAAGUUCACCAAAAGGGACGUCUUCCUAGAGCGGGGUGAUGUGAUGAACCUCCUGAUGUUCCUGUCCACUUGGGACGGCAAGGUGCCCCAGCCAGCCAUCCUGAAGCCCCGCCCACUCUGGACUGGCAAGCAGAUCUUCAGCCUUAUCAUCCCGGGCCACAUCAACGCCAUCCGAACACACAGCACCCACCCAGACGAGGAGGACAGUGGGCCCUACAAGCACAUUUCUCCUGGGGACACCAAGGUGAUAGUGGAGAACGGGGAGCUGAUCAUGGGCAUCCUGUGUAAGAAGUCACUGGGUACCUCUGCUGGCUCCCUGGUCCACAUCUGUUUCCUGGAGAUGGGCCACGACGUCACCCGCCUCUUCUACUCCAACAUCCAGACGGUGGUCAACAACUGGCUGCUCAUUGAGGGUGCCUCUAUCGGUAUUGGUGACUCCAUUGCUGAUGCAAAGACAUACCUGGACAUCCAGAACACCAUCAAGAAGGCCAAACAGGAUGUAAUAGAGGUCAUUGAGAAGGCUCACAACAACGAGUUGGAGCCCACCCCUGGCAACACGCUGAGGCAGACCUUCGAGAACCAGGUGAAUCGCAUCCUCAACGACGCCCGUGACAAAACCGGUUCCUCCGCCCAGAAGUCCCUGUCUGAGUACAACAACUUCAAGUCUAUGGUGGUGGCCGGCUCCAAAGGCUCCAAGAUUAACAUCUCUCAGGUUAUUGCGGUGGUGGGGCAGCAGAACGUGGAGGGUAAGCGUAUCCCCUUCGGCUUCAAGCACCGAACGCUCCCCCACUUCAUCAAGGAUGAUUACGGCCCCGAGAGCAGAGGCUUCGUGGAGAACUCGUACCUGGCCGGCCUCACGCCCACAGAGUUCUUCUUCCACGCCAUGGGAGGCAGGGAGGGGCUUAUCGACACGGCUGUGAAGACCGCCGAGACCGGUUACAUCCAGCGUCGUCUGAUCAAGUCCAUGGAGUCUGUGAUGGUGAAGUACGACGCCACGGUGAGGAACUCUAUCAACCAGGUGGUGCAGCUGCGCUACGGAGAGGACGGCCUGGCCGGGGAGGCUGUGGAGUUCCAGAACAUGGCCACGCUCAAGCCCUCCAACAAGGCCUUCGAGAAGAAGUUCAGAUUUGACUGCACCAACGAGCGGGCUCUGAGGCGGACCCUGCAGGAGGACGUGGUGAAGGAUGUGAUGACCAACGCCCAGGUGCAGAGUGCCCUGGAGAGGGAGUAUGAGAAGAUGAAGGAUGACCGGGAGAUUCUGAGGGCCAUCUUCCCCACUGGGGACAGUAAGGUGGUGCUGCCCUGCAACCUGGCCAGGAUGAUCUGGAACGCCCAGAAGAUCUUCAGGAUCAACCCCCGCACCCCCACAGACCUCAACCCCCUACGAGUCGUACAGGGUGUCCAGGAGCUGAGUACGAAGUUGGUGAUUGUGAACGGCGAGGACCACCUGAGCAGACAGGCCCAGCAGAACGCCACGCUGCUCUUCAACAUCCACCUGCGCUCCACGUUGAGCUCCCGACGCAUGACAGACGAGUUCAGACUGAGCACCGAGGCCUACGACUGGCUGCUGGGGGAGAUUGAGUCCAAGUUCAACCAAUCCAUCGCCCAUCCGGGCGAGAUGGUGGGGGCGUUAGCUGCCCAGUCGCUGGGAGAGCCCGCCACCCAGAUGACCCUGAACACCUUCCAUUACGCCGGCGUGUCGGCCAAGAACGUCACCCUGGGCGUGCCGCGUCUCAAGGAGUUGAUCAACAUCUCCAAGCGGCCCAAGACCCCGUCCCUCACCGUGUUCCUGCUGGGCCAGGCGGCCCGCGACGCCGAGAGGGCCAAGGAUAUCCUCUGUCGCCUGGAACACACUACCCUCAGAAAGGUGACGGCCAACACGGCCAUCUACUACGACCCUAACCCCCAGAGUACGGUGGUGACGGAGGACCAGGAGUGGGUCAAUGUCUACUAUGAGAUGCCCGACUUCGACGUGACCCGCAUCUCACCCUGGCUGCUCCGCAUUGAGCUUGACCGCAAACACAUGACUGACCGCAAGCUGACCAUGGAGCAGAUCGCUGAGAAGAUCAAUGCAGGUUUCGGAGACGACCUGAACUGUAUCUUCAAUGACGACAACGCCGAGAAGCUGGUUCUGCGAAUCCGCAUCAUGAACAGCGACGAAAACAAAUUCCACGAGGACGAGGAGGUGGUGGACAAGAUGGACGACGACGUGUUCCUGAGGUGCAUCGAAUCCAACAUGCUGACGGACAUGACGCUGCAGGGCAUCGAGCAGAUCAGCAAGGUGUACAUGCACUUGCCCCAGACUGACAACAAGAAGAAGAUCAUCAUUACGGAGGAGGGAGAGUUCAAGGCCCUGCAAGAGUGGAUCCUGGAGACAGACGGCGUAGGACUGAUGAGGGUCCUCAGCGAGAAGGACGUGGACCCCGUCAGAACCACCUCCAACGACAUCGUAGAGAUCUUCACGGUGCUGGGUAUCGAGGCUGUGCGCAAGGCUCUGGAGAGGGAGUUGAACCACGUCAUCUCCUUUGACGGUUCCUACGUCAACUACCGCCACUUGUCGUUGCUUUGCGACACCAUGACGUGCCGCGGUCACCUGAUGGCCAUCACGCGUCACGGCAUCAACAGACAGGACACGGGACCCCUCAUGAAGUGCUCCUUUGAGGAGACUGUGGAUGUGCUGAUGGAGGCGUCGUCCCACGGGGAGAGUGACCCCAUGAAGGGUGUGUCUGAGAACAUCAUGCUGGGCCAGCUGGCCCCCUGCGGGACGGGCUGCUUCGACCUGCUGCUGGAUGCUGAGAAGUGCAAAUACGGCAUGGAGAUCCCAACCAACAUCCCUGGCAUUAGCGUGGCUGGACCCACCGGAAUGUUCUUUGGCUCUGCGCCCAGUCCCAUGAGUGGCAUGUCUCCAGCCAUGACCCCCUGGAACACUGGAGCCACCCCCGCCUACGGUGCCUGGUCCCCCAGCAUCGGCAGCGGGAUGACCCCUGGAGCUGCAGGCUUUUCUCCCAGCGCAGCGUCCGACGCCAGUGGCUUCUCUCCGGGCUACUCCCCGGCCUGGUCCCCUACCCCUGGAUCUCCUGGGUCCCCUGGACCAGCCAGCCCCUAUAUCCCCUCUCCAGGGGGUGCCAUGUCUCCCAACUACUCCCCCACCUCCCCGGCCUACGAGCCCCGCUCUCCUGGGGGAUAUACCCCGCAAAGCCCGGGCUACUCCCCAACGUCCCCCUCCUACUCCCCCACCUCCCCCUCUUACUCCCCCACCAGCCCCAACUACAGCCCCACCUCACCCUCCUAUUCACCCACCUCCCCCAGCUACUCCCCGACCUCCCCCUCAUACUCCCCUACGUCCCCCAGUUACUCUCCUACCUCCCCAUCUUACUCACCCACCUCACCCUCUUACUCCCCCACAUCUCCCUCCUACUCCCCUACCUCCCCCAGCUACAGCCCCACGUCUCCAAGCUACAGCCCCACAUCGCCUAGCUACUCCCCCACCUCACCCUCUUACUCUCCCACCUCCCCCUCCUAUUCACCCACUUCACCCUCCUACUCCCCUACCUCCCCCUCCUAUUCCCCUACCUCCCCCUCUUACUCCCCCACCUCUCCAAGCUACAGCCCCUCUUCACCCAACUACACCCCAACAUCGCCCAGUUACUCUCCCACCUCCCCCUCUUACUCUCCCACCUCCCCCUCCUACUCCCCCACCUCCCCCAAUUACACCCCCACCAGCCCCAACUACUCCCCCACCUCCCCCUCUUAUUCUCCCACCUCUCCAUCCUACUCUCCCUCUAGCCCGCGCUUCACCCCCCAGUCUCCCAACUACACCCCCAGCUCUCCCUCCUACAGCCCCAGCUCUCCUUCCUACUCACCCACCUCCCCCAAAUACACACCUACGUCCCCCUCUUACUCGCCCAGCUCUCCAGAGUACACCCCCACCUCCCCCAAAUACUCCCCCACCUCGCCCAAGUACUCCCCGACCUCUCCCAAAUACUCACCCACCUCCCCGACUUACUCCCCGACGACCCCCAAGUACAGCCCCACCUCGCCCACCUACUCCCCCACCUCGCCCACCUACACCCCCACCAGCCCCAAGUACUCCCCCACCUCCCCAACAUAUUCCCCAACCUCACCCAAAUACUCUCCCACCUCCCCCACCUACUCGCCCACUAGCCCCAAAGGGUCCACCUACAGCCCCCUGUCUCCGGGCUACAGCAACCCCUCGCCCAGCUUCACCCUCACCAGCCCGGCCAUCAGCCCAGAUGACAGUGACGAGGAGAACAACUGAGGGAGCCAGGAGGAAGAGAGGGGGCUGAGGAGCCUCUCCCUGCCCUACUCAAAGCCCCUGGACUGGGGCUGUAAUACUGAAGGAUAGCCCCUCUGCUGGUAGUGCCGGUGGUGUGGCCUGGAGAGUCAUGACAAAGAAAAACCCUGGGGGUCCCACUUGUGAAUUUCUUUUAUUUUGGGGACCCUCCCUCAGACCACUGUACCCCAGCCUCUUCCAUCUCGGGGGAGGGCCCCCUAAAAUAUUUACUACUAUGUAUUUGAUAGACUUGAACUGUUUAGCAAGGGGAAAAGGCUGCCUUUUGAACUACACGUUUUGUUUUUUAAUGUUCACGCGGGUGUUGAAGCAGAGUUAAGAACUUAGGAGAAAGCAGAGGAAGAGCGAUGUGGUUACCACAUUGACAAAAACGUCCCUCUUUUCGCACCCACCCCCCUGUUUACCUGCACCCAGUCUUUCUCUCUGACCUCUUCAGUGUUGGAUGUGUAGUUGUACGGGGGAGCUCGAGUAUUGCCAAAAGCCUUUGAAAAGCUACCAGUGGAAUGUAUUUAUCUCCUUAAAAAGCUUUUAAGCUUCCCCAAAAAAAAGAGAACCUAGAGGACUUGAGCUGAUUCUUUAUUGCAUAUUUUACUAAAACGUACAUAAUCUUUAGUAGAUUUUUUUCUAAAUGUAAAGGUGUUGCUGCCAGUUUUGGUUGGAAGGAAGAAGUUGAGCGGAUUUUUUUUUUUAUAUCAGAAGACAGGCCAGAGUUGAAGGAGAUGAGUUGACCGGAAUUGGAUUGAACAGAAUUGAAACACUAUUACUAAUCUGCAGUUCAGAACAGUGGAAUUCAAGUAGUACUAGAGUGGGUUGCCUGAAUACUGCAGGUGAAAAGGAGUAGUUGUAUUCCUUGCAGCGCUUAGUACAGGGCUGCAAAUUAAGAUCGCCUAGGACGGGAGAGGGUCAGGUCAUAGAUGCUGAGAGAGAGACUGGUGUACAGGGCAAAAUAUGCUUUCCGUGGAGAUGUCAUUGCCAUUUUUGUAACACCUCCACGACGUUCCAUAUAACCCUUUCUCCCCUCAACCAUCCCCCACCUAAAGUCAUGCCUGAAAGAUGUUAAAACACCCACCAGCAUCCCUGUACCCUUCACCGUUAGAUGAGUUGUGUACAACAGCAAAAAGCAGAUUUUUUUUUUUUUUCAGCAAACCACUUUUUUAAAACACUGGUAAAAUUGGGUUUAUGGAAGACUUAGUAAUAAUAUCUGACAAUUAUCAUUCUGUUUUAAGAGAGAAUGGAGUGUUUCUGGGUGGAUGGGGGAUACUAGUUGUUUGGCGUCGCUGCUUUUGUCAUUGUUUAUGCAUGAGUAGCAACCUGUUAAUACAUUUUAAUCUUCCCGUUUUAAGUUGAAGAUCUCUUAUUUGAAAUCCCUCCCACCUUAAAAUAAUACUUGUUCCAUAAUUCUAAUUAGCAAAUGUAAAUGAGUUCUCUACUUUGUUUGGACUCGCUCAUAAAAUGUAUUUAAGAGGGAAAAAUACUACUAUUCGUCUGUGUGAAUAAGAAUGGAGAAAUUUAGAUUCAAUUGUUUUGUUUUUCUAUUUCCUGUUUUUUGUUGCUUCUGGUGACUUUGUAAGAGCUGUUUGCAAAGAGGGUCUGUGUUCAGGUACUUUGGAUGAAGGGGCACGGGACGGAGGGGAGUAAGUUAAGUUUCCCCGUUAUCUCUUUUCCAUUCUGUUUCCCAAUGGCUUUGUUAAGUUUCUGCCAUUCCGGCUCGAAGUUGGGCCAAGAUGGCCACCGCAUUCUCAUUUAAAGGGGAAAUCAGCAGUUGCUACCUCCAUUUUUGGAUACAUAAAUUGAUAUAUACCCAUUGAUUCUUGAAGAAUAUAACUUAAAAAUAAAUUCUGCGUUUGCUAAGUUCAACUGUCGUACCCCAUCAGAACCCAAAAUAUAAAACUUAACAUUGUAAACAUACACUCUAUAGCCUUAACAUGAUUAGAACUAAUUUUGGUGGUCAGUCCUUGCAUCCAUUUCUGUCUUUGAAUUUGAGUGGUUACGUUUCUCCAGCCCCAUCCCCCAGCUUUUUACCGAAACGGUGGUGGGGAGGACGCUUUGUUUCAACUGCUGAUUGCUGCUUUAAGAUGUAAAAAGGAAAAUGUUGCAUGCAGUCCAUUUGUGACUCUUCAUAGUCUACUGUAAAUGUUACUGCUAAGUGGCUAUACUACGGUUCAGGCAGAAAAUUCUAAGUUCAGGUUGACAAGACAGGUUCAUGUUUAGUGUUUGUCAGUUACGCUCUUGGACACUGGAGGGCGACUUAAACCCUCGUUUGGGUUAACAAACCUCUCGAAGUUUCAGUUCAGUCAUUUUAAGAGACCAGACAUUUCAGAGCACUUUUGGCCUCUAACCCUCUACCCACUACAUUAGUGUGACAGUGAAUCCUUGAAGAUUAUGAAACCCGCCAAGCAUAGACACACUUUGCAUUUACUUCCAGGUGCUCUUACACUUUACUAGGCCUAGUUUGAUGAAGGUGAUGAGUGUUUGAUUCUCGUGCCUGUUUGAUUAUGGAACACGGAUACUCCAUCCAUGCAAUACGACAAGUUUCCCCCCCCCCCCCCCCCCCCCGACUUUUGAUUGGACUAGCUGGGUCUCCUCCCUCCCCUUGUUCAUCCACAAGUGAUCCUGAUUGUUUUUGAAAUUGGUGUUUGUCCUUUUUCUACUAGUGUACGUACCUGUGAUUGGGAAUCUCGUGGGGUGGGGGGGGGGGGGGGAUUCUAUCCCUGUAGAAUUCCAUGAUGGGACUGGAACUUGGAUGUGUUCUGAAUUUGUCACGAUUUUUAUCCGGUUCGCGGUCGGGAACGUGUUUGGUACAACUUGCCCUGUCUACCAAAUGUGUUUUCAACAGAAGUGAUUUUGAAUUGACUGGACUGUACCACCUGCAAUGAAUACAAGUGUUGGCAAUGCACUGUUGAAAUUCAUGCAGUUGGUCUCUUCCAUCAUCGCCUCAUGACAUGGUGACUUUGUCUACUACCACCAUAUCCCAUUGAUUUACCUGUGUGGUCCAGUCAAUUCAACAUACCAGGACUCCCAUGUGUGCGUCAAAAGAGGGUUUUCUUGAGUUGUAUGACUGGGCAGCGUGUCUUGGGAGUCAGAAUGUUUAAAUUAAAAACUAAUUUCCACUGUAUAGAUAUCAAUCCAAUAUCUCAUUCUCUGUAUCUUUUGUUUUUUUUUGACUUGAGAAAAAAAUAAAAGUUUUACUACA